AUGCGCGGCGCCUCUCCUUCAUCGCCGUCGCAUCUUUUCCUCGUCGUCGCCGCCGUAGCGUCCCUCUCCUCCCUCGUCCUCGCCGACGGCACCGUCUGGGCCACGCCCCACGACAGCUACUCCUCCUCCGUCGGCGUCCUCGGCUGCAAGAUCAACACCGACCGCGUCGCCUACUGGCCCGGCUCCGUCGACUGCAACAACAUCUGCAUCUCCCUCAGCUACGCCGACCGCAACCUCAAGCUGCUGCGCAUCGACCAGUCCCAGGGCGCCUACGACAUCUCCUACGAUGCCUGGAACUACCUCUACACCGGCAACUCCGCCAAGAAGCUGCCCGUCUCGGGCGGCCCGCUCGCCAUGGAGUACGAGGAGCUGCCCGCCGACGACUGCAAGGACCUCAUCAAGACCAAGAGCAAGAAGCUGCCCCUCAGCGCGUCCAACAGCAUGAACUUCCUCGCGAGCUGCCUCGGCCAGGCCGACAGCUGGGUCGGCAGCAACUACGCGCUGUAUAACAUGCUCGACUCCGUGUGCUCGUGGGGCUACGACGAAAGCUGCGAGCUCGAGGACUGGCCGAACGCGAACCAGCCGACGUGCAAGCACUCGCUCGGCAUGCCCGUGGAGCUGAAGGACGCGCCCGUGUACAAUGUGCAGUACCCCUCCGGCGACGUCGUCGAGGCCUCGACGGGCGAGGUCGUGUCCACGCCUGGGGACAGCACGAGCGCGGCGGUGCCGUCGCCGACCACGUACAACAGCAUGCAGAACGGCGCCUCGACGCUGGGGAUGUUGACCAUGUUGGCGUUUAGUUCCUUCUUCUGGACGUGUUUCGUGCUGGGGUCAUGUUGA